GUUCAUUAUUUUCUUUCCUCUCUUCUUCGCGGUGUCUUAUCGUCUCUUCCACCCCCGCCGCCGAUGGCCGCCGCCGCCGCCGCGAUGUCGUGUCUUCUCUGGAGGCCCUACUACCCCUGCGCUCUCCUCGCCCGCCGCGUGAACCCGAGGGUCCUCCGUACCACGCUGUGCCAGUCCUACUCUACCGCCUCCGCCCCGGCUUCUGACGCGCCGACCUCGCCUCCGCUCACAACCUGCUCCGACGAUGGGGGCAGGGGCAUCAGGUGGGAGUCCGCGCGGAAGAAGAGGGUCGUGCUACGCGUGGGCUACGUCGGCACGGAGUACCGAGGCCUCCAGAAGCAGCGGGAGCUCAGCGCGGACUCGACAAUUGAGUCAGUCUUGGAAACCGCCAUCUUCAAGACAGGGGGCAUUCUUGAGAGUAAUUAUGGAAAGCUGCAAAAAGUUGGCUGGGAAAGGAGUAGUAGAACUGAUAAAGGGGUACAUUCACUGGCCACGAUGAUCUCUCUAAAAAUGGAAAUUCCUGAUCGAGCAUGGGAGAAUGACCCUGAUGGGAUUUCUCUUUCAAACUUCAUUAACUCCAAUUUACCAGAUAAUGUUAGAGUUUUCAGUAUUUUGCCUGCACAAAGGAGUUUUGAUGUAAGGAAGGAAUGCUUGUACCGGGAUUACUUGUAUCUUAUUCCUGCAGAAAUAAUUGGAAUUAAAGAUGGCUGUAGCUCUGACGAAGUAGUGGAGCACUUGUCAGAAUUCAACUACAUUCUUAAGGGUUUUGAGGGAAACCAUCCAUUUCAUAAUUACACUGCCCGUGCCAAGUACAGGAAAGUUCUAGCAGGAAGGCAUCGAAAGGUAAAACGAGCAAGCUCAGCUGUAAAUUCCAUGUCCUCCAAAAUGGGUAUGGAGGGAAUCUCUUCUGAUGAUGGAACUAGUUCAGAUCACGAUGAAGAAGACUUGAACUCUUCAUCAUUAAUUGGUUCUAGUGCACCAGAAAACAGUUAUAAGGAUAGUCCUGAACUUUCUAAGAAGCAGGUGCAAAUUCGAGCUAGGUGGCUCCAUGAGCCUGAUGAAAAUGAUAGAUUGAAUGCUUCACACUUCAGGGAUAUCCUCACAUUCUCCUGUGGAGAGUUGCAGAGUUCAUCAGGAAUGCAAUUUGUGGAAUUGACCAUAUCUGGAGUAUCUUUCAUGCUACAUCAGAUCCGGAAGAUGGUUGGUACUGCUGUGGCAGUUAAGCGCGGAUUACUACCCAAAGAUAUUAUAGCACUGUCUCUUGCAAAGUUUUCUCGCAUUGUCUUACCAAUUGCCCCUUCUGAAGUUCUGAUCCUUAGAGACAACAGUUUCUGCCUGAAGAACAAGCAAGGGAGUAUAGUUCGGCCUGGGAUCCAAUCAAUGAAUGAAUCUGAAGAAGUGAAGAAGGGGGUUAUGGAAUUCUACAAGGCAGCUCUUCUGCCAGAGCUAGCAAACUUCUUGGAUGCAUCCAUGCCUCCAUGGAAAGAAUGGGUAGAGAACUUGGACCAAUUCACGAGCAUACCAGAUUCACAGUUGGAGGAAAUUAGGAGUGCUUAUAGAGUAUGGAAAGCGGACUACGACCGAGUAAAAAUGGCUAGAAAGAAUGUUACCAUCGACUGAUUUGUUAAGCCCAUCGACUGAUUUGGUGAAGAGGAAGCAUGAUUCUAUUUCAGACAUUUCUUCAUAACAAGAGCAACCUGACUGUUGGGCAGAAUCAUAGGGUCACAUUUCAUCCCCCAAGGAUAACAGGGUACGGAUCCUGAGCUCAUGUUAGGGCCACAUUUUAUCCCCAAGGAUAAGACCUAGUUCAUACAUGCAGAUUUGGUUCAAUUAAAUGCUUGUUUACCCGUUGCCUAAGCCAUGUAUCCACUGCAAAAUCUUGCAGAGCAAUACUCUGGUCAGUUGUUAUUUUAAAGAAAAUCAGAGGUGAACAUCGUCACCUGGCCAUAUUCAGAUACUGCAACUCCGCAAACACCAUAAUCAUCUGCCGAUCU